UAUAGAAAGAGUUUCUUAUCCACCUCAACAACAAUAGUUUAGCGGGUAAGGAAACGAGGAAUAGUCAAAUCGAAUUCCCAAUUUCGGCAUAGCAGAUUCUUCCAUACCCAUUGCGCGUUUAUGUAUUUAUAAAUAGGAAAAAUUGUCCGUCCACGCUGCCGUCUAUUCAUUUGUCUCCAUAUAAAUCCGCGGCCAGGCAACAGGAUUUUUAUUAUCACCGUUACACUUCGAAAUCUUUCUGCGACCAUGGCCAAUGAAACGAGCCCUAACAAUCAACAGCAGCCGGAGGAGGUUGAAAUUCAGAUCGAGGAGCAGAGGUUGAAGUAUUUGGAGUUUGUGCAAGUCGCUGCGCUCCACGCCGUCUUAUGCGCUGCGAAGCUCUACAGUUACGCUAAGGAGAAUUUGGGCCCUCUCAAGCCUGGCGUUCAGACCGUGGAGGGUACGGUUAAGACCGUCGUAGGUCCAGUUUACGAGAAGAUUCAAUAUGUUCCGUCUGAAGUCCUCAAGUUCGUAGAUCGCAAGGUUGAUGAGUCGGUUCACAUGAUCGAGGAUCGUGUUCCACCAUCUGUGAAACAAGUAUCAGCACAGGCUUUACUAACUGCGCAGAUGGCUCCAUCGGUUGUCCGUGCUGUUGUUGCCGAAGUGAAAAGUACUGGUGUGGUGGAAACUGCAUGUAUAUUGGCAAAAACCGUGUACACACAGUGUGAGCCUGCUGCCAAAGGGAUAUACACCAAGUGCGAACCACUAGCCGAACAGUAUGCUUUGUCAGCGUGGCAGUCUAUCAAUCAUCUUCCUCUUGUUCCCAAGGUGGCUCAAGCUGUUGCUCCAACGGCUUCUUACUUGUCUGAGAGGUACAACCAGACUGUCCAAGUUGGUGCUGAGAAGGGGUACAGAGUUGCAACGUAUCUUCCCUUGAUGCCCACUGCCAAGAUUGCUAGACUGCUGACUAAUGCAAGCCCUGUGGAGACCACCAGCUAAAAGGAGUAAAGCACUGUGUGAGUAGGAGUAGUAGUACCCUGUAUUUCUUCUUAUACAUUUGAACUUCAUUGUCUUUACUUCGUGAAAAACUCGGAACGAUCUUAAGUUGUCUUGCUGCUUGGUGUUGUCAUACUGUUGUUAUUGAACUGGUUUGGUUGUAUGUCACUGGUUUACCCUUUCUUUUAGUGAAGCACAUAAUUUUUUAUAAACUAACCAAAUCAUCAUUUUCAUCAUUUUCAUCGACCCCAGUGCCGCAAAGGCUCCCACCUACGGUGAGGUAAGGGGGUCGGAUGUAC